AUGUCGCCUGAAUGCCAGAGUAAACCCAUCGAAUACUUCGAACUAUUCUUUGAUUCGACGCUAUGGUCACUAAUAGAUGAAGAAGCUAAUAAAUAUGCGGAUUAUUCAAGGCAUUUACUUAGAGAAUUGGAAUCAUUUGAAACAGAGAUUUGGACACCAGUUACUAUGUUAGAGAUGAAGGCAUUUAUAGCAGUGCUGCUGGAAAUGGGAAUUACGAAAAAACCCAAUAUACGUUCCAUAACGCAAUACUUGCCAAAUAAAAAACAUCAUCGUUGGGGCAUAAAAUGUUGGAUGUUGUGUGAUUCAGUUUCAAAAUAUUGUUUGACGUUCUCUUGCUACAAAGGUGCAAAAGAAACAACUACUAGUGAUAGAAAAAUGUUUGGCCUUGGAUAUGAUGUGGUAAAUGUGGUAAAUUUAUUAAAAGAUAGUAAUUGUUUGAAUAAGAGGGAUCACAUUUUUGUCGACAACUUUUUUACCAGCAUUGAAUUAGCUAGAUAUAUAUAUAUAUAUUCUGUGGAUACCUAUUUAACUGGAACCAUUAGAAGAAAUAAGAAAUGUAUUCCUGAUAACUUGAAAGAAGCUAAUGUAAAUGAGGUAAAAUAUUUUCAAUGAAGUAUUGUUAUGUUCGUAUCGCGAAAAAAAAAGUGUAAAAAACCUGUAUUAUUAAUUUCAACAAAAGCAGAAGAGCAAAAUGUGACUAUAACAAAAAAUCGACAUGGCAGAGAAAUACGUUCGACAAAACCCGCUAUUAUUUAAUCUUCCAAUGCCUUCAUGGGUGGUGUUGAUGAAUCGGAUAAAAUGCUGUAUACUUUUCUCGAUGAACGAAGAUCAGUUAAAUAUUGGAAAAAGGUAGCCUUUAACAUAAUCAGCCGCAUGGUUUUAAAUGCAUAUAUAAUCUACAAGGAAAGAGUAAAGAGUAAAGCAAUGAAUCGGUUAGAUUUUAUUUCGAAUAUUAUUUUUAAAAUUGAGUGUAAGUGGAUGAACGAAAAGAAAGCACAUGGUUAUGUAAAGGAAAAAACAUUUGGUUUAGUAAAGUUGCCACAACGUAACUUGCGACAAUGCGUAGUCUGCAGCACCAAAAUGCAAUAA